UGUCAAGUGAUCCCUCGGCCCUGAUUCUCCUCGCCUCGCUUGCCUCCCGGCCCGCCUCGCACAAAUUCAACAUUUCUCUCCGCUCUUUAAUCAGUCGUCGGAGAAGAAGAGGAAGGGAUCGAUGACGAGCAAGUCCGGCAGCGGCGCCGCGGAGGAUGGCAGCUACGAGUACGAGGAGGAGUCGGUGCAGAACGCCCGCGGGAUGAAGCUCUUCACCUGCAGAUGGCUCCCCCCCAAGGGCCAGAUAGUCAAGGCCCACGUUUUCCUCUGCCAUGGGUAUGCGGUGGAGUGCAGCGUGACGAUGCGGGGGACGGGGGUGCGGCUGGCGCAGGCCGGGUACGCCGUGUACGGGGUGGACUUCGAGGGCCACGGCAGGUCGGAGGGGCUCCAGGGCUACGUCCCCUCCUUCGACGUCCUCGUCGCCGACACCGACGCCUUCUUCGCCGCCGUCGUCGCCUCUACCGCCAACACGGACCUCCCCCGCUUCUUGCUCGGCGAGUCCAUGGGCGGCGCCGUCGCGCUGCUCCUCCACCGGAUGCGCCCGUCCUACUGGACCGGCGCCGUCCUCGUCGCCCCCAUGUGCAAGAUCGCUGAUGAGAUGCGGCCGCAUCCGGUGGUGGUGAGCGUCCUCAAGCUGAUGACCAACAUCAUCCCCACGUGGAAGAUCGUGCCGACCACCGACGUCAUCGACGCCGCCUACAGGAUGCAGGAGAAGCGCGACGAGAUCAGGAACAACCCCCACUGCUACCAGGGCAAGCCGCGGCUCAAGACCGCCUACGAGCUCCUCAGGGUCAGCCUCAACCUCGAGAACAACGUACUCCCAAAGGUAUCAUUGCCCUUCCUGAUCGUUCACGGAGGUGACGACAAGGUGACGGACCCGUCGGUGAGUGACCUCCUCUUCCGGUCGGCAGUGAGCCAGGACAAGAAGCUCAACCUCUACCCCGGCAUGUGGCACGCCCUCACCUCCGGCGAGAGCCCCGAAAACAUCCACAUCGUUUUCCAAGAUAUCAUCGCGUGGCUCGACCAAAGGUCAUUCCCCAAAUCAUCAUCGUCGGCGGCUGCCUUGGACUUGUCGUCGGAGAUGGAGCAGAAGGCCAAGCACGAUGAGCAGAAUUUCGACAAACAAAAUAGCACAAAAGCUAAUGACGAUGAGCAGCUGUAGGCAUGGUUAAGUACAGCUGGGACUUGGAAUCAUGUUAGUUAACUGGCUGGCUACCCGUGUGGUGUAUUAAUUCAUUAUUGUACUAACUUGCUAGCUAGUUCGUUGGUUUCUGUCUUCUUGUAUACCAGUAUACCAUGCAACCUGGAUCUUUCAAAGAUAUAUCAUAUGGCAGUGCUAUUUCAGUUUUA